CGUGUAACAGUGCAAUUUGUUGUGAUCUCUUUCAGCACUUCACUUCACUUGCCAUAGGAAGUCGCUGACUCAUAAUUCCGCUGUUAAGAACUCAUUUGUCGGCCAGUUAACAAGCGGCCCGGAUAUCUUGUCUCUUGGCGAAAAUGGGGAGUCGCACCGAAUCUCGUUGGGCUACGUCAGAACAAUGGGAAUCCCAUCGCAACACAAUCUCUUACCUUUACCGCGAAACCAGCCUGAGAAAUAUUGUUGAAAUAAUGGAAAAUGAGUACCGAUUUUUCGCAACUCCGAGAAUGUACAAGUUGCGUAUUCAAGCUUGGGGUUUACGAAAGAAUAUCAGUCUCAUCGAGGCAAAGGAAACACUUAAAUCCCUGAUGUAUGAUCAACAGUCUUCCGAAGGGGAACGGGUUGCCAAACUUUCGUGCAUCCACUCCUACAUUUGCCGCCUUCCUUCGGACAAAAGAGAGGAACUGAUGGAACUUUAUCGCCAAGUUGUCACAGAUUCGCCGGGGGAACAGCCCGGGAAAGGACCCCCUACUGCCAUUGCUAUGAGCCUGGCCGCAGCUGAUGACCUACAACGCGUAGAACAAUGCAUUCAUCACCUUCGAACCUAUGUACUCGGUUGCUUUGGCAAAGGCAUAUGGUCCAAAAACGCGACCCCUGAGCCACGCAUCACAGUGCUUUUGACAGGGUGGUAUCAUGCCUCCGUUACAGCCCAAGGGGCUUUGCGCCGCGGGCGACCGGCACAGGCUUUCACUGUGCUUCAGCCCUUUUUUGAGCAGCAAUUAGAUGCACUCUCGAGCCAUGAUCCACGGAUAUUUGUGUGUACCAUCGCCUUCGCAGUGGUAGUCUCCGCAACUGGCCCAGAAGUUGGGGCUGCGGCGCUCAAUUUUGCUGCACAAAUAUCUAAUACAAUAUAUGGCCAACUGAGUCCAUAUUUUGUGACGAUGAAAUUGCUAGCAGGCAUGAACUCCGUCGACCAACGGCUGUCGCUUCGAACUCUUCUUCAUUCAUACUAUCAAUUCAUAGAAGAUCAAGUUGAGCCUGACGAUCCACUACGACAAUAUUUGCAACAGUAUCAUGAUGCUGCUCGAAUAUUUAUUUUACGAACCGAUCUGGAUGGGCAGAAACUCAACGAUAACCAUCGUAUCUCUCAGGAGCUAGACAAGAUCGCUGAUACGAUGUGCAAUCCUUCUCAAAACAAUCAUUUCAAAGUGACAGUAGUUGAUAUGGUCAAUCAAAAACCGGACACUCAGAGCUUUCUGUUACAGUCACGAGAAGUUAUAUAUGGCAAUCUCUACGAUACAGUGAAUCUAGAAAGCCACACUCAGUGGGACAUAAGCCAUGCAUCCGUCCUUCGUGGCACUCUGGUCACACUGUCUUUGUUGACUGACCUCGAGCUAUCACAUGCGCAAAAUGGCGACGUUGUUCAGGCUGAUGGGAUCCGCCGGAGAUUGGAGCCCUUGCUAGACGUGUAUUGCGGAAUCCUCACCAAAAGAUCAGUUGAAAAAUAAGAAAUACAAUCAAGUGGGUUAUGUCUUGUCGGUACUGCUACUGCGAAGGUGAUAAUUUUAAGCUUGAUCCCAACCAUGUCUUGUCUCAUGCUAUGCGCUAGCGUGAUCCAUUGUUUGAGAAGAAUUGGUUGUGCUGUUGAAUGGGUG